AUGUCUGGCUCUAAGGUUUUUACCAUUUUAUCAUUUAUCUUCUUCGCUUCGAUUUUACUAUCAUCUUCACAAAAUAUCAAUCGAAAAGUAGAAUGGAACACACUUAAAAUUAUCUGGGGGCCGGAUCCAUUGGCAUCCAAUGAUAAAGUGUUCAUUCGACAACCAAGAACAGUACAACAAGCUUUACAAGAAGGAUACAGUAAACUUCCAAAUGGUCUAGGAGAUCAAUGUCUCGGCAGAACAACUGUUGGUCAUCGUUAUUGGAAAGGUAAUGAUUCUGCAGCUAUUCUUUUAUAUGACAAACAAGGAACUAUUGCUGGCAUUCAGAUUGGAUUCCCUCGAUCUGUUACUAACAGAGCGUUCUAUUCGUUUGACACUCAACGGAUGUACAAUCGAGAGACAAUCAAUGGCAUCGAUAUGUACACUGCUACAGCAUAUUUUGUUCCUCCUGCUACAAUUUGUAGUGUUGGACGUACCUUGUCACGUCUUGAACAUGAGGGAACUGGAACUGGUCUCUUUUUUCAGAAUGGAUCAAAUCCACUACAAGAUGCCGUUGAAGUACCACUUUGGGAAAGUGAUCUUGGCAAAACAAAAUGGGCUCCAGGAGCUUGUUUUAAGACCAUGGGUAAACAUUACUGGUACAACAACCACUUGGAUCUGAACUGUUCAGAGGUUUUACCAGCUUUUGUUAUGUAUAACAAAGGUCAACUUAGUGCUUUUGGAUGGAGUAUUAUGGCCAAGAUGGACGCAUCACAACGAGUCGAGUUUCCACCAAAAGCUGUUAUUUCAUCAUUUCUGAUUCCGGUUCCGAAAUGCAUGUUUCCCAUCUAUGAUGCUAUCGGAGGUGUUACCACAAUGCAUCUCUAUUUCAAUACGGACCCAGCUAAUCUGGAAUGUUGA